AUGCCGCGAGAGCACCACUUGCUGCUUCCGACGGGCAAGGCAACCAUCGUGUGGUCCUUCGAAGGACGGGCGUACAUCGUGGAGGUGAGUGGAAGAGACCCGCUGGCGCGACGGCAGUUCAUAUAUAACACCCGACGAGGAGGAGGAGGAGCCCAACGGCGCCGGUGGUUGAGGAGCGUGUUCCUCAGUUUCUCUGCCACUGCAGGCGUGGUUGAGGAGCAAGUUACUCGGCUCCUCGGCACUGCAGGUGCCGUGGGCAGGGAGGAGCACGAUGGGGGCCUGCAGGAGGUGAGGGCCGGCGAUGCGAGGUUGCAGGCGGAGUGCGCCGUGUGCCUGCAGGAUUUCCGCGCGGAAGACGCGCUCAGGGCAAUGCCCUGCUCCCACGCCUUCCACCAGGACUGCACCUUCCGUUGGCUCCGGAUUAGCCGCGUCUGCCCUCUCUGCUGCCACGCACUGCCCACACAACAGCAGGAGGACGACGAGGAGGAGGGAAAAUUACCAGCAGUCGAGCAGACAGGUACCAGAGCGGCGAUCAUCAUGUAUAGAGAUGGAAGCCGUAAGAUAUGAUCCACCUUACGGUGUCGAAGGCUCUUGCA